AGCCUGCCGACCAAUCGGCUAGGAGCAGCGAGUGAGCAAGCUGGGACUGUGCGAUCCGGUGGAGCCGAGCGGCAUGGCGGGCGGGGCCCGAGAGGUGCUCACAUUGCAGUUGGGACAUUUUGCGGGUUUCGUGGGAGCGCACUGGUGGAACCAGCAGGAUGCUGCGCUGUGCGGACCGACCGAUGCCAAGGAGCCGCCGGGAGAGCUGUGCCCCGACGUCCUGUACCGGACGGGCCGGACGCUCCACGGCCAGGAGACGUACACGCCGAGACUCAUCCUCAUGGAUCUGAAGGGUAGUCUGAGCUCCCUAAAACAAGACGGUGGACUCUACAGGGACAAACUGCUAGAUGCUGCAAUUGCAUGGCAGGGGAAGCUCACCACACACAAAGAGGAACUCUAUCCCAAGAACCCUUAUCUCCAGGACUUUCUGAGUGCAGAGGGAGUGCUGAAUAGUGAUGGUAUCUGGAGGGUCAAAUCCAUUCCCAAUGGCAAAGGUCCCCCCCUACUCACCACGGCUACAACUCCAAAACCACUUACCCCCCCGGAGGGCAGCAUCCGAGUCUGGUCAGACUUCCUCCGAGUCCAUCUUCACCCCCGGAGCAUCUGUAUGAUUCAGAAGUACAACCAUGAUGGGGAGGCAGGUCGCUUGGAGGCUUUUGGCCAAGGGGAGAGUAUCCUGAAGGAACCCAGGUACCUGGAAGAGCUGGAGGACAGGCUGCACUUCUACGUGGAGGAGUGUGACUACCUGCAGGGCUUCCAGAUCCUGUGUGACCUGCACAAUGGCUUCUCUGGAGUAGGCGCUAAGGCCACAGAGUUGCUACAAGACGAGUAUUCAGGGCGGGGAAUAAUAACCUGGGGCCUGCUCCCUGGUCCCUACAGUCUUGGGGAGCCCCAGAAAAACAUCUAUCGUCUGUUAAACACAGCUUUCGGUCUGGUGCGCCUGUCUGCUCACAGCUCUCUGGUCUGCCCCUUAUCCUUGGGUGGGAGCCUGGGGCUGCGACCUGAGUCACCCGUCAGCUUCCCUCACCUGCGUUAUGACGCCACUCUGCCCUUCCACUGUAGUGCCAUCCUGGCUACAGCCCUGGACACAGUUACUGUUCCUUAUCGCCUACGUUCUUCGCCAGUUUCCAUGGUUCAUCUGGCUGAUAUGCUGAACUUCUCUGGGAAAAAGGUGGUGACAGCGGGAGCAACCAUCCCCUUCCCCUUGGUUCCAAGCCAGUCCCUUCCUGAUGCCCUGGUGCAGCUUGGAGGGGCCACCCCAUGGACCCCAUUGUCUGCAUGUGGGGACCCUUCUGGAAUAUGCUGCUUUGCCCAGUCAGUGGUGCUGAGGGGUCUAAACAAAGCAUGCCACACCAGUCAGCUCACCCCAGGGACACCUCUGCCCUCCCUGCUCCACGCGUGUACCACUGGGGAAGAAGUCUUGGCCCAGUAUUUACAACAGCAGCAACCUAGCGUCAGGAGUUCUUCCCAUCUGCUGCUGACUCCCUGCAAGGUGGUUCCUCCCUACCCCCACCUCUUCUCCUCAAGCCUCAGCCAGCAGGGUUUGGUUCUGGAUGGUCCCCCAACUGGGGCAGCAGUGGAGAGCAUCCCAGUGCUUGGGGCCCUCUGCUCCUCUUCAUCCUUGAACAGAACCCUGGGAGACUUGGCCAAAGAGCUCACCAAACUCGACCUGCGGCGCUGGGCCAGCUUCUUGGAUGCUGGAGUGGAACAGGAUGACCUAGAGGAGGUGCUGCAGGAGCUAUGCAGUCUGGCCCAGUGCUACCAGGGUGGUGACAGCCUCACGGACUAAAGUUCCUCAUGGACUAAAGAAAAGGAAAGAGCUAGUUUACAAUAAAAACUGCUGGAUGCAGGAGCUCAGUGUCUUGGGACUGGCUACACCAACAUAGGCAUUUAUUAGAUUUAGAAACAUUGUGAUUAGAUCACAGAACAAUAAAUAUGUACCAUCAGACCAAAAAAAAGGGAAGAAAAGGAGCUGAGCCCCCCUCUCCCUCGGUGCUAUUUACAAAGUCAGUUUCUAAGGUGUUCAUAAAAGACCUUGAAUGACAAAUAGGAUGGCAGAGCCCCAGCCCGCCUUUGUCUUUGUCCUCGGCCCCUGCUCCUCCAGCUCUGUAUACUGAGCUCAAGGGUUGUACAAGCAAAGUACAACCACCCUCUCCCUCAUCAGGGUGCCUCUUGGGUUUGAUCCUGUGCAGGUGACACCCACAGCUCCCAGAGUCUCACUCAUCUAGCUCCUCCUCAGACAGAAGGUCCCCGUGGUCAGACAGCUGGUCUGUGUUGCUGGUGCUGGUUGCAUCAUCCUCGUCCUCGGAGCUGGCCUCGCAGGCGGUGUGGAAGAGCUGCAUGAGUUCUCGAAAACGGUGGGAAACCUAGGAGGAAAGGCGAAGCGCUGCAUUCACUGUUCCUAAGUUACUAACUUAUUAAGCAUUAUGUACCAAUUUGAACAAUCUUAUUUGUUCCACACAGUAAGGUUGUGAGGGCUGUGUCCUCCUUACAGAUAAGGAAACUCAGUUAAGAGGCUAAAUAUUUUGCCCAAGUCACCUUCUUCCU